CUCAGUUUACAUAAUCCAGAGAUUAAACUACAGUCCCUAAAGGAAGAUAUUAAGGAAUUUCUGAAGACCUCAGGUUGGGAAAAGAAGCUGCACAAUGCUGUUUAUAGAGAAAUCAGUAUGUUUCCUUUACCUUGUUCUCCAUCAGUGCCUCCUGAACAUAUCAAGGAACCUUUGGCUUACAUGAGAAAAGCUCAGGCAAACUGGGAAAAACGUAUUUUGAAGAGCCUGAACAGCAUGUGUAUAGAACUUGGCAUUCCACUAUCACAGAAGAGACCACUGAGUGAGCAAAAAGAACUUUUGAACAAAUGGAACGAAAUGGGAACGGAUGAACCAGAUCUAAGUCUCUUCAGGCCAGUUUAUGCACCCAAAGAUUUUCUUGAGGUGCUGAUGAAUCUUCGCAAUCCAAAUUAUGACACCAGCGAGCUGUCUAAUUUUAGAAAUCACUUGGGACUCAUUCAGGUCCCACUGAACGUGAGAGAUAUACCUGAACUGAAGGAAUACUUUAGUGAAUUAGACCUGAACACUGGUCAGAUGGAUAUUGAUGAUUCUGCACAUGUACCUGCAGAGCUCUUUGAAAGUGAGCACGUACGGCUUGGUCAAAAAGUUCUUACGGAGCAGGACAGCGCAGCCGCCCAACAGUAUGUGCGACAGGGCUCCCCAAAUUCAUUAAGAGCAGAGCUGUGGGCGUUGAUCCUGAACAUUUCAAGUCAACCAGAGGAUAUCUUGUACUACGAACAACUGAAGUCUAAUGUCAUCCAGUACAAUCUUUUGGUGGACAGUCUGAUUUAUAAAGAUGUGAAACUGACAGCCAGCAAUGAUGACUACUACUUCGUGUUUGAGGAUUACUUAUAUCAGGUGUUGCUUUGUUUCUCUCGAGACACUUCAGUGUUGGAACACUUCGCGUACAAUAGUGCUACCCCACCCAGAUCAUUCAUUCGAGUCUUGGCUUAUCGUGGCUUGAAAAGCGUUAACAAGCUGUUACCUGCAUUGAAUAUUUCUAGUGUUUUAAAAUCCGUGCAAGAGAUGGACUUUCAGGAGGGGAUUGUAUCGCUGUGUCUGCUGUUUGAGAACCUUCUUCAGAGCCGCCUCCCACAGCUGUUUUACCAUCUUCGAGAAAUUGGAGCCCAACCAUCCCGUGUUCUGCUUGCACCCAACGCAGAAGAAGACCUGGGUUCUAGUUUUGUAAAGGCACUGCUGGCAGCUGCCGUGUUUGCCUUCCGAGCAGGGAAUCUGAUGGAGGUGACAUCACUAGCCGCAGCUGAA